AUGAAAAAAGAACUGGGCGAAGGUACUCCACUCAGUAAACUUGGUCACUUAAUGAUUAAAAUGGGCGAAUUUAAUCACGCUCAUGAAAUAUAUGAUGCACAACUUGCUUCUGUAGAUGAAGGUAAUUGGCGCAGACAAUCGCAUCUUAACCAUCAACUUGGGUAUGUCUUCGCUGAAAAGGGCGACUAUCAGAAAGCAUUGGAAUACUAUCAAAGGGCUCUUAAAAGCGAAUUAGAGUUCGUAUCGUCAGAUGACCCAUCACUGGCAACAACCUAUAAUAAUAUUGCCGGUGUUUAUGAAUCGCUAGGUGACUAUACAUCUGCACUGACCGAAUAUCAAAAAGCGUUAGAAAUACAAAAGAAAUCUCUUCCUUCUGAUGAUCCUGCACUUGCUACCACGUAUGGUAAUAUUGGUCUAAUUUACAGAACAUUAGCGGACUUCAGCAAAGCACUUUUAUUCUAUGAAACAGCACUAGAGAUUCGCCGGAAGCGAGUACCACCAAAUCAUCCUGAUUUUGGAACUAUGUAUGGUAACAUUAGCGGAAUAUACAAAGAUAUGGGAAACUAUUCCGAGGCGUUGAAUUAUUCUAAGAAGGCGCUUGAUAUCCGAGAAAGGUCUCUUCCUCCAAAGCAUCCAGAUCUAGCAUCAAGCUAUGCUAACUUUGGCUCGGUCUACAGUUCGAUGCGAAAUUAUCAACAAGCGUUAGAAUACUACGAAAAAGCACAACAAAUCCAAACUGUAUCGUUGCCCGCUAACCAUCCUGACAUUGCCACUACCUACAACUGUAUUGGAUCAGUGCAUGAUUCAAUGGAAAACUAUCCCGAAGCGUUAUCAUGUUUCGAAAAAGCGUUGGAAAUUCAGAAGCAGGCUUUACCAGAAAAUCAUCCAAGUAUUGCUAAUACUUACAAUCAUUUCGGAUCUGUGUAUUAUUCUAUGAAUAAUAAAUCAGCUGCAUUAUCAAGCUACACAAAAUCGCUGCAGAUUGAAGAAAUGACAUUACCUUCAAAUCAUCCAUCCCUGGUUACUUCGCACAACAACAUUGGAUCGGUAUAUCAGCUGAUGAAAGACUACACAGCAGCACUGUCUUCGUACGAGAAAGCACUCGAAAUCUGCCAGAAAACUGAACAACUAACUCAAUCAGAUAAAAUGGUGACAACUUAUAACAAACUCGGAUCGGUGUACAAUGUCAUGAAAAAAUAUUCCGAAGCGUUAUCGUAUUUUGAAAAGGCAUUGGAAACACUAAAGAAAUCGUUGUCUCAAAACGAUCGUAGUUUAUCGGUUACAUAUAACAACAUGGGUAUAACUUAUUCUGCGCUGAAAGACUACGAGAAAGCGCUCUCGUAUUAUUCUAAAACACUAGAAAUCGAACGGAAAACUCUUCCAGAAGACCAUAAAGAUAUAGCAACUUCUUACAGUAACAUCGGUAUAGUUUACAACGAAAUGAAGAACUAUCCAAAAGCUCUAGAAUAUCACGAAAAAGCAUGUGCCAUUCGUGAAAACAAGUUGACUGCCGACAGUCUCGUACUUGCUUCCACUUAUAGUAACAUCGCUUCAGUGUAUUUCAACAUGACGGACUAUCCUAAAGCCAUUUCGUUCUAUCAGAAGGCUGCUGCUGUUCUUGGAAAGUCUGCCUCGAGUGACGAACUUGAUCUAGCAACCAAUUACAAUAAUAUUGGCAUCUCUUACAGUCACAUCGAUGAUAAAACAAAUGCCCUUCAGUACUAUAAAAAAUCACUGGAUAUUCGAGAGAAAAAAUUACCAGCAAAUGAUCCAACACUCGCCUCAACAUACAAUAACAUCGCGUCCGUGUAUUUUGACACGAAGGACUAUCCUACAGCCAUUUCGUUCUAUCAGAAGGCUGCGACGGUUCGUGAAAAAUCUCCCUCAAGUGAUGAACUUGAUCUAGCAACCAAUUACAAUAACAUUGGCAUCGCCUACAGCCGCAUUGAUGACAAAGUGAACGCCCUUCAGUAUUAUCAAAAAUCGCUAGCAAUUCGAGAAAAGAAACUACCACCAAAUGAUCCUGUAUUGGCUGCACUCUAUCAAAAUAUUGCAGCAAUACAUUCAUCAACAGAUAACAAUUCAGCUGCUGUUGAUUUCUACGAAAAGUCACUCAAAAUUCGAGAAUCGUUGCCAUCUCCUGACCAUCAAUCAAUGGCGAUCGCUUAUUAUAAUACAGCGAUGGUUUAUUUUAAACUCAAAGACUAUACAGCAGCGGUCAGGCAUGCAGAAAAAUCUGUUAGCAGCGCUCGUCUAGCUUAUGGUCCCGAUCAUGCCGAAGUAGCAGAAAAUCAAGCUCUAGUGGACAGAAUCCGUCGCUUACUAUAA